AUGAUUGGUGUUUGCAUGAACUUGCAGAAAACGAUGUUGAUGAGGAAUCUAUUCUUUUCUUAUGCUUCUUUUGCAUUCAACGGACGAAUUAUUUUUGGGUGCUCCAGUUAUAUUUACUUGAGUGGUGAAUUACUUUUCUCUCGAGUUUAUUCCAUAUGCAUUCAAAAGUACGGUACGAAAGCGUGCAGUUUGUAUCCAGAAGAUAGAGACGAUCACCAGUACAGAAUAGAAAUCGGCGACGCCAAAUCCAAUCGCUCAAUGGACCAAGUUUACGCAGAGCCAUUAGUACUGUUGGAAUGGAGUUCCGUACUGGGGUUGCCAGUGCUUCGAUGGUCCUACACAGUGAUGAUGAUGGCGAUCUACGACAACACUGCCGGCCAAGUGGUGAGCAAAAUAAGUUGUCGUGUAGGUAGAAAAAGCACUGAAUCAUCUAAUGCGUAA